UCACCGUUAGGGGGAUUAAUGUCUUUGUCAAAAUGGCGGAUUUUAAGAGAACGGAAAUUUUGUCUUUUCCAACUUCGCAACCAAAAGCAACGUUAGAAAGCAAAUAUUGGAAAAAUUAUGAGUUUCCAAUCUCGGUGAAGGAUUAUGGACCAAUUGAUUAUCUUGAUUUCUCUCCAGAACCUCCCUAUUAUUUUGCUGCAAGUUGUUCGUCUCGAGUGCAGAUUUAUAGUCCCAAAAAUAAUGACGUUUGUCGAAGUUUAUCAAGGUUUAGGCAAACUGCCUAUGGAGGAUCGUUUCGACACGAUGGUCUGCUUUUGGUUGCUGGCGGUGACGAUGGAAACGUUCAACUUUAUGAAGUGAAAAGUAGAUCAUUACUAAGAAUAUUCAAGGACCACAAGGCAGCAACACAUAGGUGUAAAUUCACAAAAGAGGGAACAAGAAUUGUUAGCUUUUCUGAUGAUAAAUCUGUUAAUCUUUGGGAUGUACCAAGUGAAUCUAAGAUAUUGACUCUACAAGAACAUCAGGAUUAUAUCAGAGCAGGUGCUAUCAGCAAAGCAAGUGAAGAUAUAUUUAUUUCAGGUUCCUAUGAUCAUACGGUGAAGAUGUAUGAUGCAAGAACUUCCAAAAGUAUUCUUUCUGUAGAUCACGGUUGUCCCGUAGAAUCUGUGUUAAUGUUUCCUUCGGGAGGUGUUUUUGUAUCUGCCGGUGGUACGACAAUUAAAGUAUGGGAUUCUGUGGCAGGAAGACAAUUGGCACAAUUGUCUCAACAUCACAAGACUAUUACUUGUCUAUGCUUUGCAAAUGAUAAUAAAAGAGUUAUGUCUGGUUCUUUGGAUAGACACGUGAAAAUUUACGAUGUCUUAACUUACCAAGUAGUUCACACACUGGACUUUCCUUCACCGCUUCUCAGUAUUGCCAUUUCACCAAAAGAUAAAAUAAUAACUGGAGGAAUGACAAAUGGACUCAUAUCAAUCAGUCAUCAAAAAUCCUUAAUAGAAAGUGAAAAGAAAGUUAGAAAAAAAGGAAAGAAGCCUUUAAUGAAUUAUUAUAUUCCAGAUAAAGAAUUUUAUCCUGAACAAGAAGAUAUUAAAGUUCCUCAUAAAGAUAGAAAACUUUAUGCAGCUCACGAUCAGAAUCUGCGCAGAUUCCAACAUACCAAGGCCUUGGACAUAGCUUUAAAGUCUAAAAAACCCGAAGUCGUAGCAAGCAUAUUGAGUGAACUGAUGAGGAGAAAUCGUCUAAAAGCAGCUCUUGUCGGAAGAGAUGAAAAAUCUAUUAAUCCGCUAAUGAAAUAUCUUGUAAGGUAUAUCGGAGAUCCAAGAUUUUCCCGUAUACUUCUUGACGUUGCCAUCAUGUUCGUCGAUAUAUACUCCACAAACAUAAAUGAACACGUCGAACUGGUCAAUCAGUUUAACAAACUGAAAACAGUCGUAGACAAAGAAGUAUCUUACAUUGAAGAAACAAUGGAAGUUUUAGGGGCUAUUAAUUGUAUUAUAAAUAAUAGCAAACAGUUUGUAUCUUAAUUGGGUCAAGAAGAGAAGCCUUUGUACAGUUUAUAGAUUUGCUUAAUUCUGAUAAAGAAAAUAAAUGUACAAAUCUAUUUAUUAAAAUAA